CGCAUUUAAAAUUACCACUUCCUUGUGUGCUGGUGGUACCCGAAAAGUUUUUAUUUACUUACAAGUCAAAGAGAAGCACACAAGUACUUUUAAUUUUUCCCUAUAAACAUGAGGUCAAUGGUACUUUGAAUUUGCAUUUUUCGGAAAUUAUGUGAUAAAAAAUGGCAUUUUUAUGCCCUGUGAGGAUCAGACGGGGUAAAAAGAAAAAGGCCUCCAGUGUAGAUCUAGAAAAAGAGUUGGGCCGUACCAACAAUGGAGUCACUCCGGGCAUGGGCCGGAUCACCGGAUCCGCAAGCAUAGAAACUUUAGUCCGGGUUGGAAUCGAAAAAGAACACGGACUUUCACCGGAUUCGAAAAUGGUCGUCCUGCAUGACUUCACUCCUUGUGUGGACGAUGAACUCGAAGUUAAACGAGGACAGAUUGUCAACAUCUUAUACAGAGAAAACGAUUGGGUCUAUGUCAUAUCUCCGGAUACAAGGCAAGAAGGCUUCAUUCCCUUCUCCUAUUGCACUCCUUAUACUAAUCAUUUGGCCGAAAUGGCCAUUAAAAAGAAGCUACCGCGUGAUACUCACUUAAAUGAUGGCUCUGAAAGUAAUCAUGACUGUGAUGGCCCGAUUUUGGACAAUAGCGACUGUGAUUCUUUGGGCAAAACGAAGCAGGAAACUGGAGCUAUUAGUCCUGUCAGUAUCCAUUCGGAGCCUGAUAUGAUACCGUUUAGUAAAGAUCCUUCCGGGAGGUAUAUUGUGCUUUAUACGUUUAUUGCCAGGGAUGAGAAUGAUGUUUCAGUGGAGAGAGGAGAGUUUGUGACUGUACUUAACAGAGAAGAUCCAGAUUGGUACUGGAUAGUCAGAAGUGAUGGACAAGAAGGCUUCAUUCCGUCUGGAUUUGUAUAUCCAGCAGAUAAUGUAGUUCAAGGUAAUCUCAACACCCAAACCCAACACAGCAACUUCCAAAACCAAACAAAUCCACAUACAAUUGCCUCGUCCAGUGCCGACGAUUUGAGGUACCACGGUACUGAACUAGUGAUGCUCUACGACUACAAGGCGCAAGCGCCUGAUGAUUUGACAGUUAGAAGGGGUGACUGGAUUUAUGCUGAUUUGAACAAUCAAACUGUUGAUGGUUGGUUAUGGGCCUACGCUCCUAAAACCAGAAAGUAUGGGUUUAUUCCUAAAGCUUAUGCCAGACCGCCUGCUAUGACCAGUUUAUAAUUGCUUAUAUAUUUUGUUGCUUUUUUGUUCUCAAAUCUUGU